AUGUCAAAUCAUCUGAUGUUUCUGCAUGAGGAGUUAGUAAAGCUGCCCUCAUUUCCGCGCAAAGCUCUCGAAACGGAAUUUGCGCUCUGCGACGGUGGCGAAAUGGGCAAGCCUCUGCUUGCCAUAGACACUAUUCACAAGCUCACCUGGUGUCAACUGCUCAAUUCCAUGUUCCAGAAGAUGCCUUCCACCUUCCCCUGGUCCUCCGAGUUACAACUCUUCCUCAACGUCUACAAUGGCACUCUCGUGCUUCACGCCGAAGAUGCCUCCAUCCUACGUCACUGUAUGGCUUUCUAUCUUCAGUGUGCCUUUCAAUUCAAAAUGGUAUUUUCUGUCAAUGGAUACCUCAGCAUCUUGCCUACCAUAAUCCGUGUGUAUCAUCACAACCUACACAAUGGAAUUCUCACCCAGGCCAUCGAAUUCACCUGCAAACAUUUCUACAUCAUGCAUAGGACGCCUUUUAUCCUCCAAAUGUUUGGAUGUAUCGCCAAUUACAUCGACCUCUCUCAGGACGACUUCAGUCAGCAAAACUUCUAUCGAGUAUGUUAA